CACACACACACGCACGCACACGACUCUUUCCGUUACAGCAUGCGAUAAUGUUAUUUGCGACGUACUUUUCAAGGAUCGGUAGCGUUGCUGUUAAGUCGAGUCUGCCCGGAGCUCGUGCGCUUAUACAGUUGCACUGUAACAAGUCCCUGCCCCUGCGUCGCGAAGGCCACUCCGCCGCACUUCUAGGCUGCGUCAGAACGACGGAUGUCUUUUUGAGAUCGGGAGCUGUUCUGAGCUCAUCUUGUUCGAUAAGACACGCGCGCUCCGCCGACGUAACCGCCGCGUACCUCUUUCAACACGUGAAAAGUCGAUGCAUAACCAGCUUCUCGACGCCUUCGAGCCGAAACUCGACCGCGGCCGAGAGGUUCGCUGCAAGGACAGGGGCGUUCCAUCACCGAAGACCAAGACUUACACGUGCAUAUGAUAGGACCGUAGAAAAUACCCUGAAGGUAUGUAAACCUACGAGUCCUGGUCAGCGAGGUCGCAUUAUCACUGUGCGCACUGAGCUCUGGAAGGGAAAACCAUACAGACCACUCACACGCGGGAUUGCGAAAACAGGUGGGCGCGGCCGCCUUGGCCGAAUCACAGUUUGGCACAGGGGUGGUGGCCACAAACGUCGGUACCGUGUGGUUGACUUCAACAAACACAGACUGCGCGGAAGUUUAGGUACUGUCUGCCGCGUUGAGUAUGACCCAAACCGUACUGCGCGAAUAGCCCUCGUGAGACAUGAGGGCCAUAAAGGUCCCGUGUACGUUCUUGCUACUGAUACUAUGAAAUCCGGGGACACCAUUAUUGCUGAUAAUGAUGACCAAGAAAUUCGGCCCGGCAAUUCUAUGCCACUUGAACGGAUGCCUCUUGGGACUGUGAUUCACAACAUUGAGCUCCGUCCGGGUCAAGGUGGUAAGCUUGUUCGCGCCGCUGGUGCAGCCGCCACUCUAAUAAAGAAAGGCAAUCAUGGAUAUGCUGUUGUAAGGUUGCCUUCAGGCGAACAGCGUCUGGUUUUAGCCCGGUGUUACGCCACAGUUGGCAUAAUCUCCAAUCGUUCCCAUCAAAAUCGAAAGUUGGGUAAGGCCGGUGCCAGGCGUUGGCUCGGCGUGCGUCCUACUGUUAGAGGAGUAUCCAUGAAUCCUGUAGACCACCCGCACGGAGGAGGUGAAGGUCGGACCUCGGGUGGCCGGCCAUCCAGUACUCCUUGGGGUAUUCAGACAAAGGGUAAAAGGACACGAAACUCUAAGCAUUCAGACCUUUAUCGUGUGGCACGCCGAUCAACUGGCAGGAAGGGCACAUAA